CAGUGUACAUUUGUUUGAGCUAGCUAACAUGAGCCCUGCAAAGUUUUAUGAUGAUCAUGAACAAGCUGCGAGAAAGGAUGUUCAGAUGAUCAAUGGUCCACGUCCAUCUCCAUUGAGGAUCAACAGAGACUCGCUUGUGAUCCAUAAACCAUACGUGAAUAAUCAUCAUCAUCAGCAGCAGCAGCAAAAUCCGGUGAUCAUCUACACCCAUUCUCCCAAGAUCAUUCACACGCAGGCUCGCGAUUUCAUGGCCUUGGUUCAGAAGCUCACCGGUCCAACACGGUCUCAAAAUGAAAGUAGUGCACCAUCUCAGCCUCAAAAGGGAGAGGAUAAUCGAAAGCCGGUGGUCAGACAGGACGAGAACAAGUCAUCUUCGGCUACGAGGGAAGAGAAUUGCGGUGAUCGUGAUGGUGAUGGUGCCGGUGCCGGUGCCGGUGAUGAUCAUAAAGAGAGAGCAUCUUAUGUUUCUCCGAUGUUCAACGCCCAUAAGACUUACUUGGCUGACAUUCCACUCUUCACGCCGAGUUGGAAUGACUUCUUUUGCUCACCACGCCCUCGUUUUAGAUACAAUGAUAUGGUUUCACCAUCCAGAAAUAUGGUGAAAGGGCUGCCAGAAUAUUGAGAUGAAGUGAUUGAGAUUGUGCAUGUAUUAAUUGGGAUAUUGCGAUAUAGAUGCUGGGUUCUUAGUUAGGAAUUAGUACUUCUCAGCACCAUCAGUUGGUGAUUCCAUCAUUUUUCUUGUCCAUAGGACCAUAGGUUUGAUUUCUUCAUUAAUUUUUUUCUUUGUAUUUAUUGUUAAGAUCAGCAUGCAUAAACUGUGAAUUAUUUACAAGAAAUUUAAUUUAUUCUUUGUCCAUCCAAGGGAAGAUUGAUCUCUUUAGGGUGCAGUGAUUUAUGGUUAUGUUAGUUCAAUUUGGACAUUUUCUGUAAGAGUUUAUACUCGGUCCAUGAGCAAGAA